GUCAAAGACUUAAUGUCAAUGAGUUAUGUGUCAUUAUAUCUAUCAAACGGUAUGGGAAAGUGUAAGUUGUGACUUUUGAGGGAAGUCGAACUGUUGUAAGGGGUAGAAAGUGUUAUUUCCAUAUUAAAAACAAAUUAACUGUAAACAUGGCUACUGAAGUUGAAGAAACUAUCAAAAGAAUCCAAGCUCAUAAAGGUGUUAUGGGUGUCGUCAUCGUAAACCAUGAAGGCAUACCAAUCAAGAGUUCUUUAGAUAAUGCAACUUCAGUGCUGUAUUCUGGUCUGAUAGGACAACUCACUGAGAAAGCAAGGAAUGUCGUACGCGAAAUGGAUUCCACAAACGAGUUGACCUUUCUCAGAGUAAGAAGUAGAAGACACGAGAUCCUGAUUGCACCGGACAGGGAAUUUAUUCUCAUUGUGAUUCAGAAUACUACUGACUAGUCCAAAAAACUUAAGAGUAACUUAUAUAGUAUACUGUAUCUUGGUAUAGUUUAAAGGCUUAUCCUUAUUUUAAGUAAAAGUAAUCACUAACAAGCCAUCUCCGGUAUAAUAAAUAUAUUUUGCUUGGAAUCUUUCUACUCACACAAGUACUUAUAUUUGGAAAAUAAUAUCCUUUGAUAUAUUAGAGAAACACCUUGCAAAUGGAUAACAAUGUACUACAAUCACUUAUAAAUUAUUUUAUUAGGUGUAAGGUAAUAAACGUGGCGAACUAA